AUGUCCAGCGACAAGAAGUCAAAUGAAUUGGAUACAAAUCCUGCGCCAGAUCCUCAAGCACCAAUAACCCGCAAAGGUUUUCUAAUAUCACUCAAGAACAGCGGCACGCCCAUGCCCAUACCGGAACAAAAUGUGUAUGGCCGUUGCCGUCCAGUUUCCGAAUUCGAGAAGCUCAACCGCGUGGGCGAAGGCAGCUAUGGUAUUGUAUAUCGAGCGCGCGACACUCGCAGUGGAGAAAUUGUGGCUCUGAAGAGAGUGCGCAUGGACCAGGAGAAGGAUGGCUUGCCUGUAAGUGGACUGCGUGAGAUAAUGAUACUAAAGCGUUGUCAGCACGAGAAUAUUGUACGACUGCGAGAAGUUGUGGUGGGCAAAAGUCUGGACAGCAUCUUCUUGGUAAUGGAUUUCUGUGAGCAGGAUCUCGCUUCGGUGCUGGAUAAUAUGUCACAGCCAUUUACGGAAUCGGAGGUGAAGUGCAUAACGCUACAAGUGCUGCGCGCCUUGAAGUAUAUGCAUGAACGUUAUAUUAUACAUCGAGAUCUGAAGGUCUCCAACCUACUAAUGACGGACAAAGGCUGCAUCAAAGUGGCUGAUUUUGGCCUCGCUCGCUUGUUUGGCGACCCCCCAAAGCCAAUGACCCCACAAAUGGUCACCCUUUGGUAUCGUGCACCGGAGCUGUUGCUAGGCUCUAGAACUCAUACGACGUCGAUUGAUAUGUGGGCUUUCGGUUGCAUUCUGGGAGAGCUGUUAUUAGGAAAGCCGCUGCUGCCGGGCACCUCGGAAAUUGCACAGCUAGACAUGAUUAUUGACCUGCUUGGCGCUCCAUCGGAAUCGAUUUGGCCCGGCUAUAAAGAUUUGCCUGCCGUACAGAACUUUACGUUUAGCCAACAGCCGUACAAUAACUUAAAAACGAAAUUCCAAAUGAUUGGUCCAGCGGGCAGAAGCCUGCUAAACUCGCUAUUCAUCUACAAUCCCAGCACGCGAGGCACAGCCGAAGACUGCUUGAACAGUAAAUAUUUUACUGAGCCGCCACAGCCUUGUGAUCCGCGCAUGAUGCCCACAUUUCCACAGCAUCGCAAUAAUAUUGCGCCUCCGCAACCGCCAACCUCUGCAGAUAUUCCCAUUUCUCAUUUACUGGAUGUGUUUAUUAAAAGACAGCGUUUAGAAUAAAAACCUAGUUAAAAAA